AUGUUCGACACAGAGCACUCCGCCGGCGGCCAUGUGCCCAGCAACGCAACCAAGAAAGACAAAACAGGCGCCGUGAUGGUUGCUAAGGCGCUCGACGAUGGACAGCCAACCAUACUGGAAUCCCUAGACGAUGUCGAGGUGAAGAAUGAGUAUCCCGUUAUACGCAAUGGCCUUGAUGUUUCGCGCUUCCUCAUCUCCGAUCGUGACGAUGGUGAUCCCAGCUUCACUUUCCGAUCUAUUGUCCUAGGGACUGUCUUCACGCUGUUGGCGAGCAUCAUUACCAUGCUAUACCAGUUCAAGCCGACCAGUGGCAUCAGCGUCUCGGCGACCUUCCUCCAGAUUAUCAUCUUUGUAUGCGGAGAAGCAUGGGCUCGCUUGACUCCUCGCCCAGAUCGAUUCAGCAGGUCUUCGAAAGUAUCAGCAAUACUACGCUUCAUGAACAGUGGCCAACCCUUUGGCAUCAAGGAACACGUUGUUGCCAGCCUUAUUGCCAGCUCUGGCAACAACGGGCUUUCCGGAGUGGAGAUAUAUGCCAUUGAGAGAUUGUACUACAACCGCAGCGUUCAAGCGUUGACGGUGGUAAUGGGGACUUUUUCAAUCUCUCUCUGUGGCUUCGUAGUCGCUGGCCUUCUUCGGCCCUUGGUCGUCUACCCGUCUGAGAUGGUAUAUUGGGGCUCCCUGCCUCAGGUGAUUUUAUUCCAAGGCCUACACUACAACCGCCAUGUCAACCGCAAAGUCCUCUAUGCUUUCGGGAUCGCGAUACUCAGCGCCGCCGUGUGGGAACUGUUCCCAGCAUACAUGUUCACGUGGCUGAGUGGAGUGUCAAUAUUUUGCGUGGCUUCAAUUCGGGCUCCAACGACAGUUCGCUCGAUCUUUGGAAAGAUCUUCGGAGGCUCAUCGUCAAACCAAGGCGUAGGAAUUCUCAACUUCGGUCUUGACUGGCAAUACAUUCAAAGUCAAUACAUGGCCUUCCCUCCCAAACUGCUGCUGAACUUUGGCAUUGGAACAGUCCUGUUCUACAUCUUCAUGCUAGCUCUGUACUACGGGAACGCUUGGGGAUCCAAAGAGACUGGCCUCCCAUUCAUGUCGACAGCCCUUUACACCAGUUCCGGCGCGCAAUAUCCCGUCACAUCUAUUCUCAACGCCCAGGGCUUCGUUGACUACUCGAAGUUCUUCAGCAUUGGUAGCCCUCGCUUGACCUCGUCUACGGUCUGGGGCUUUUUCACACAAAACGUGGCCAUCGGUGCCCUUGUCACACAUGUCCUCAUGUUUUACCGUAAAGACAUGAUGCUGGCAUGGAGGCAAGCCCGCGACCGAUCUCAGCCCGAUCCUCACUUCCAGGCCAUGCUCAAGUACAAAGAGGUUCCUACGUGGUGGUACGGCGCGCUUUUUGCCUUGUGUUUCAUCGCUGGACUGAUCGCCAACACUCGUGGCGAAACUACCCUUGAGUGGUGGGCUUACCUCGUUGCCCUUGCUCUUGGCGCCUUCCUCGCCCCAUUCUCGAUGAUCCUCUACGCCCUGUAUGGAACCGGCGUCAGCACCAACCAGCUUUCGAAAAUGGUAGCAGGAGUAGUGCAGCCGGGUCGACCUCUAGCUGGACUUUACUUUGCGAGCUGGAGCCACCAGGUCAUCCUGCUUGCGGUGAAUUUGGCGAACUGGCUCAAAGUCGGUCAGUACACCAAGAUUCCCCCUCGUGUCAUGUUCAGCACGCAGAUCUACGCCACUCUCCUAGGCGCCGCGUUCAACUACAUAGUCAUGACCAUCAUUGUGACCAAUCAACGGGAGAUCCUUCUAAGUCCCCAAGGCAACCAAAUCUGGAGCGGAUCUUUUCUGCAGAGCUUAAACACGCAGGCAAUCACCUGGGCACUGGCCAAGGACGUGUACAGCGCCUCGUCGCGCUACUUCAUUGUUCCCAUAGGCAUUAUCAUUGGUCUGGCACUACCCAUGAUACAUGCUGUCAUCAGCCGAUUUUCGCCAAUGGUCCGGUCAUGGCCGCUCAACACCGCUUUGAUUAUGACUUACGCCGGAAGCGCAUACUACGGACAGACAUCGUAUCUUUCGACUGCCCUCGCCGUUGGCGUUUUCACGCAAAUGUACCUCCGCAAACGCCACCCAGAGAUUUUCAACAAGUACAACUACGUCGUCGGUGCAGGAUUGGAUGGCGGAGCUCAGAUUAUCAUCCUCGUGCUGUCAUUUGCAGUCUACGGCGCGAGUGGAAAGACCACGCCAUUUCCUAGAUGGUGGGGAGCACCAAGAGGCGAUGUUAACCCUGACCACUGCAUGUAA